UACAAAUUGGAUCAAUAAUUUAAAUUUGAAUAUAAAGUUGUAAAGUAUGCAAUAACAUAUGAGUAUGAAAUAUAUGUAGAGAAGAGGGUGGAAUUAUUAUAGGAAGGGAACAUUAUUUGGUGGUUGAAAAUAAAGGAAGGGCGACAGUGAAGCUCAAAAUGGGUCAGGCUUACCUGACAUUGGCAUUUAAACCUUCCCUUUUUGGUGGUUGGGGUUGAGCAUCUUUUUAAUUCUUCUGUGUUCUUCGUUUUUACUCGCUUUAUCUCACUGUAUCGUCACUGAUUUUAAACCCUCCCCCUUCCUCUUCUUUUACGAUCGCGAUUAACUUCUUCUUGCAUUGCACCAUUUUUCAUUACAGGCAUGCCUUGAUGCUUCAGAACGGAGGAUCAUCGAAGCAGCCAUUGGAAGAAGCAUCAGAAGCGAGAGGUCAUCAGCAAGAAGCAUCAAAAGGAGUGGGGGCAGACAGCUCAUCACCAGUUUCGGGCAAAUAAUUAUAGUUUGCUUUCCCUUUCCCUUGAAAAAGGAAGAAACAAUAAAUAUUGGCAUGCUUUUCCUUUCUGGGGUUUGUAAGGAGCUUUCAAGUUUCAAGUUCCCAUAAGAAAUUUGAUGGUGUGUGUGCAUUUACCUUUUGUUUCUUGAGAAUUGAAACCCCCACCCACCAAAUAAAGAAAGAAAACAUGCCAAGAAACGUGAAACACAAUGGGGUAGGCCUAUCCACUUGCUCUGCCUGUCUCCACCACCAUCCAUUUUUGAACAACUUCUCUCCUUUCCUUAGUUAGGCACCAAAAAGCUGUCUCUCAAGCUCCCACAUCUUAAACACACCCUAACCAAGACGACUAAACAAACCACACCUAAAUUCAAAAGAAUCUGUAUAAAGUAGGCGCCUCCUUUUGGCUGUUCAUGGAGUUGAGGUUGCCCACUUUCUCUCAGUAUAGACUGAAACACUCCUAACAAUGAUAUCUUGUUGUUGACAGGUACAAACAGUGAUUCUUCUUGGGUGUUUAAUUUAAUGCAUUCUUGAAGUCGUUAUAGAAGAGCGAUUCAAGCUCCGUAAAGGUGUUUUUUAAGUGGAAAAGAAGCAAAUAACUAAAGAAUUUCUGUAUGGACUGGAACUUGAAGGCCCCAUAUUGGGAUUUCACUCAAUUAGAACACGAUGCAUCAAAGAACAUUAAUACAAUAGGUGCAUCCAGCAACUUUGUGGAACAUAGGACGACAACUUCUAGAGAUUUCUCGGUUGAUUUGAAACUUGGUCAGGUCAGCCAUCUUGGAACAAAAUAUACGGUCAACAAACUUAAAAUGGCACCAUCCCCUUCAGAACCAUCCAAGAGGGCAAGAGGAUGUGGGAACGGGGCUCAGCCGUUGUCUUGCCUUGUUGAUGGAUGCGUUUCAGACCUAAGCAACUAUAGAGAUUACCACAGGCGCCACAAGGUCUGCGAGCUCCAUUCAAAGACUCCACAGGUCACAAUUGGUGGCCUUAAACAAAGGUUCUGUCAGCAGUGUAGUAGGUUCCAUUCAUUAGAGGAAUUUGAUGAAGGAAAGAGAAGCUGCAGGAAACGUCUGGAUGGACACAAUCGAAGGCGCCGGAAGCCACAGCCAGAGUCCCUAUCUCAUUACCAAGGUUCCCCAUUUAUACCAUUUUCUACCUCAUAUGUCUAUCCAUCAUCUACAGCUGUUGCGAACCAUUCAUGGUGCGGAAUUUCAAACACUAAGACAGAUGCAAGCCUUCAUACUCAGCAACACUCAACCCAUUUCCCUGAUAAACACCAUAUGUAUCUUGGAUCGUCAUCUAAUGAUAGCAUCCACAAAAUUCCAAAGCAGGUCACAUUUCUGCAAAGCGACAAUCCGGAAACUUUGGUCUGCCAGCCCCUUGAUUUUUCAGAAAAUGCAGGCGGUCGGGGCAAAUUGUUAUUUGACAGAUUUUCAAAUCCAGGCCAUGAAUCGGAUUGUGCUCUCUCUCUUCUGUCAUCUUUGCAGACACGGUCAUCAGGGGUUGGUUUAAGCCAACCCGACCAGGACUCUAAUCUAAUAUCCUUCAUGCAGCCAUUAGAUGUGAGCUUAGGACAUCACAACAGCUUGGACCCACUUAAUUCAGUUCUGAAUGGCAGUGUGAGCAAUGCAGAUAUCAGUUGCUCGAGAAUGUUUCAGAGUGCUUCUGAUGAUGGAGGGAGAGAAGCUCCUCCACCACCAUCCCUUCCUUUUCACUGGCAGUAAAAUAGCUUCAGUGCACAAAAACUGAUCUUUUGGCAUAAAAAAGAAUGAACAAACAGUGAUUCUGUAAACUCGUGUCUCCAUAAUCUUGGUAAGGGUGUUCAAUCUUUACUUAACAAUGAUACUUCUCUCAUUUCAACUUCCA